GGAGAAUCUAGGACCACGCCCCCUGCCCAUUUCCCUCAUGACUUCACCUUAUUCACCUUUUCCGCCUGUUUCCAGGAGCACUGAAAAAAUGAGUGAGACUCCAAGACAGAGUUUUGCUGAAUUGCUUAGAGACUUGCUCAGGUUGGCUUUGAACCUGUGAUCCUCCUGCCUCAGCCUCCCAGGCCUCUGGGUUUCUUGAAGAAACCAGCCUGACCUCUUCCUUAGCCUGUAGACCACACAUUCAGCUCUCAUGUUGGCAGCUGUCCAAAGUGCAGAUGAAAACCGCAUCCUUUUGGUCUUCAAAUGUGGUCGCCCUUCUCCAGCUACUAUACAGACCAUAAAGGGGAUGGUGUCCUUUGAGGAUGUGUCUGUGGACUUCACCUGGGAGGAGUGGCAGGACCUGGAUGAUGCUCAGAGGACCCUCUACAGGGACGUGAUGCUGGAGACCUACAGCAGCCUGGUGUUCUUGGGGCUUUUCAUUACCAGACCUGAAGUUAUUUUCAAGUUGGAGCAAGGAACAGAGCCAUGGCUGGUUAAAGAAGCCCUGGACCGGUGUCUUCCAGAUGUGCAGAUAGUUGAUGAUGUGGUUGAGAACAGCCAAGAAAAUCACGGAAGACACUUGUGGCAAGUUGUUGUCAACAGCAGCACAUCAGCUAAGGAGAGACUUGAAUUAGGAAAGGCAUUUCAUUUGAGCUCAAAAUGUAUUUCAAAUCUGAUGGUAAAUAAUGGGAACUCUUCAGUAAUGAGACCUCAGGAGUUGGAUGUGUACCAACUCAUGCCUUUCCCUGGAGGGCCUGUUGUGAGAUGCACAGCAGAGAAGUCUGGUGCCUAUGAGGUGCCCGGGAAGGCCCUCAAACACAGUGAACUCCUCAGCCAGAGCCACAAUGCCCAGGCUGGGCAGCAGCAUCUGGAAGGUGGGGGACAAGGGAGUGCCCUCAGCACAGAGAGGGGCAGCAUGGCAGGGACCUGUUCGCACAGUGAGUGUGGGAACAGCUGUGCGUCUCCCCAGGCAGGGAGGAAACCCUUCACAUGUGGUCUGUGUGGCAAGACUUACUCCAGAGCAUCUGCCCUUGCUGACCAUCAGAAAAAGCACACAGGAGAGAAGCCCUACAAGUGCAGCAGAUGCGAGAAGUCCUUCUUUGUUAGAUCUGUUCUUAGAGACCACCAGAGAACACACACUGGGGAGAGGCCCUACACAUGCAGCAGCUGUGACAAGUCCUUCUGCCAUCGGUCGGCCCUCAUUACGCACCAGAGGAUCCACACUGGGGAGAGGCCCUACGAAUGCUGUGAAUGUGGGAAGGCAUUCCGCAGGAAGUCGGCUCUCAUCAUCCAUCGCAGGAUUCACACAGGAGAGAAGCCCUAUGAGUGUGAGGUGUGCAAGAAAGCCUUCUGUCAGAAAUCAGUCCUCAGCUUACAUCAAAGGACUCACACAGAAGAAAAGCCCCACGAGUGUGACCAGUGUGGAAAAGCCUUCUGCCGGAAGUCGGCCCUUACCAUCCAUCAGAGGAUCCACACGGGAGAGAAGCCCUAUGAGUGUGCACAGUGCAAGAAGACCUUCUGUCAGAAGGCAGGCCUCACUCUGCAUCAGAGGACUCACACAGAAGGAAAGCCCCAUGAGUGUGACCAGUGUGGAAAGACAUUUUUCCUGAAGUCGGGUCUCACCAUGCAUCACAGGACUCACACGGGGGAGAAGCCCUUCAAAUGCAGCGAGUGUGGGAAGGCCUUUUCCCAGAAGACCCACCUCCGGAGGCACCAGAGCAUGCACACCGGGGAGAAGCCCCACACAUGUGCCCAGUGUGGGAAAGCCUACUUUCAUAAGUUGGAUCUCACCAAACACCUGCGGAUUCACACUGGCGAGAAGCCCCAUGUGUGUGCUCAGUGUGGGAAAGCUUUUCGCAUGAAGUCAUACCUCCACGUGCAUCAGAGAACACACACUGGGGAGAGGCCAUACGAGUGCAGCAGGUGUGGGAAAGCCUUCCGCCGCAAGUCGCAUCUCAGCAGUCAUCAGAAGAUUCACCCGGAAGCUGCUCCGCAUGGUGGAGACUGGCUGUGUGUGCUGCAGAGAGCCCCGACUGUUCUCUAGCUCGCCUGCCCACCCCUGCCUCUGCUUGCUGUGGGAGGAGCCUGCAGCUGCCUGGGUCCAUGCAGUGUAGACACAUGGGACCAAUGUUGCUUCCAGGUUAGAUGACAAACAUUCCCUGUGAUGCUGUCAGAUGACAGACAUUCCCUGUGACGCUGCCUGAGUUCUUGAGUCCCAUGAUACCCAGGGUGGCCCUGAGAAAUCUUGUUAGAGAAGGUGAUUGUGACCGAAAAGGAGUUGCCUGAAGAGAUCAGAUGGCUUCUCUUUCUAAGCCUCCAUUUAUACCUCGUAGGAGUGAGAAAUAAAUCCUCCUCUGUUGAGCCA